GCGCGUCUUCUGGCGGAAGGGCUGAGCCACUUGGAGGAACUCCGCUUCUUCUUUGAUAACGAGGUGGCCCUGACCGACCUUGACACCAUGCUGGAAGAUGUGGAACUGCGUGAUGUUAAGCAAGCCUUCUGGAAGCGCUGCCGCAUGCGUUUCCCAGCCGAGGUGCAUCCUGCAGAUUCACUGCUCUCCAGGGUGUCUCGUGAGCUCUCGAAACGGAUGCGAUGUGUCUUUGCCGCAUGGAAGGACGCGGACACGUACCUUGACAAGCUCUACACAUUGCUCCUGGCUUAUUCUAUGGCGGGAGUGCACCCGCUUCCAGGUGUGGACGCGAGCAAGGAAGCCUCGCUCAGAUAUCGAAGACGCAGCGAGUGGGUCACACGUUUUCGUGAAGGGACGUCCUCCUUGGGCGUCGUCAUCAAGCAGGUGAUGGAGGCCAGGGACGCGCAUUGUGUUGCAUUUUCGGGAGGAUGCAAGGUUGGCGGCAACCGCGUGGCGGCCGUGCUCAAGGCGGGAGUGGAGGACCUUGCCUCAGCUUCAGAAGCUCCUGAUGAUAUGCCCCCCCUCAUGAUGGACCUUAUGUGUGGCCCCAACGAUUUGUCUUGGGAAGAGUUCCAGUUGGAACUCCGCAGCAGCCUGGAUCAGUCAUGUUUGCAGUUCGCCGAUAAUUGCGCCUGCAAGUUUGUCUUGGAUGAGCAGCAGAAAAUCCUCGAGCGUGGUGGCGGUGCUAUCCGUGAGAACCCCAGCAACAGUCUGCAUUGGUGCAUCCCACAGGAAGCGGAGAUGUGGGCCUCCGACCCAUGGUGGGAUGCCAGGUAUGACGCCUAUUGUUUCAUGGGCGCACGGCGGAAGCGCCAGCGGCUGCAGCACAACAUCUGGGAGUUGACCCAGGACCCAUCAAUGCUGUGUCAUCACACCCACCAAUCUGAGGAGUGGAAGCCCUGGGAGUCCAAUGGCCAGGUUGUGUACUCUUCCAAGGAAGAGGCAGAGUACACUGCCCCAUUUGCCUGCCACGUCGCAGUGGCUUGCAGCUGGUGGCAUGCCGGCUUGGUUUUGCCAAGCUGCGCCACCAGUGCAAUGCAGCCAGGGUACCGGUUCGAGUCACAAGAUGCUGCCGCCAGGUGUGGUGUACGUGGUUCGGGGUCACCACUCACACCGUCUGCCUGUGACUCAGUGGGCCUCGCCGUUCGUCCUGACCACAACUGUGGUGUCGAUGAGUGGCCUGCGUUGUAUGUUGAGCAUAUUCUUGCCAAUCUUCAGACAGACUUGCGGCAGCUCGAGGGCAAGUCCCUGGCUUGCGACUGCACUCUCUCUCACGUCUGCGACGGUGCUUUGGUGCCGCAGUUGGUGAGUGCCCAGCAGCGGCAGUGGCAACGGACUGCUGAGGGAAGGGAGGCGGGCGCCAUGGCGCACAGGGCGGCGUUGCCACCCGUGCUGCCCUUCGGGCUCAGCCCCGCGAUGCACUUUUCGACCUUGCCAGUGACCUGGCUCGUUACCCCACCCCCUUCGAGCAAGGCGCUGCUCUGGAUCUCGAUGUUUUGCAACGGAGGUGGCCGCUCGCGAAAGGGGUUGCCUGAGAGACAGGCGCCAUCGCUCGAUGGGGGCCAUCAAAGCAUUGAAGCGGAGGUCACGCAGCAUCGCGACAUUGGCUUGUUGGCCUUGCUUUGCCUCCUCGUGUCCUGGGGUGACGCGACUCUUCCAGCCGAUUUCCUGUUUGGUAUGGUAGCAAUUAACACAGCACCGUGGUAUGGUGUGUUCCCGGACCAGCCGUGUCGGCUGAUCUCUCAGGCUGAGGUUUUGCAGGAUGCUGAAGCAUCGAACGCUCGGGUGCGAGCGAGUCUGCGGCCGGGUCGGGACGACGACUUUCUUUUGGCCCAGAGUCUCCAGGAUGCAAUCUUGCAGGCGAAGGCGUGUGACACCACAUUGAGGGCGCCGGGGAGGAUUGGCCAGAGGCCUACCGCCGCUGUCCGAUGGAUAGUGCCUCUUCCCGUUGUUGUGUGGUGGCGUGGUGGCACAAAGGGUGGGGUGAGCCUGGCCGUGACCAGCUUCAACCGUUACAACUGUGUUGCCGAAGCUUUGGGGCGGCGGCUCCUUGCCAUCCUGGUGUCCAUGUAUUUCGAUGAUGCGCACUUGACUGAUUGGGCAUCUUCCAAGGGCUCCGCUCAGGCCGCGUUCGCCUCCCUGAACACCUGCUUGGGUUCCCCCUUUGCCGAAACCAAGCGGCAGAAGAUGGCGUCCACCGGUACCUUCCUCGGGCUCAACUUUGAUUUCACCGAGUGCUUGUGGAGUGGUGUCGUGCGCUUCUUUGUGCAUGAUCGGUUGGUCGAAAAGGUCCAGGACCUCAUCCACCAGGCGUUGUCUACAAACUCCCUUCUUCCCGGUCUAGCAGCCAAGCUCUAUGGUACAUGCAAUUUCUUGGAGCAGGGCAUGUAUGGUCACGUCGGUGCCGGCGGAUUGAGAGCAAUCCGAGAGCGAGCUGACCAGGGGGGCCGGGAGUUGACCCCGCCUAUCCAUACAUGCUUCGCCUUGAUUCGUGCCGUGCUGUCAGCUCGCCCCGAGCGGGAGUUUGAUAUCCUGCCCCGUGUGUGGCCCCGUUUUCUGGCCGCGAGUGACGCGGCGGAGGACACGCCCGGGGAGGGCUCGGGCGGCUUCCACCUAGUUUGGCUUGAUACGCCCGAGGUCUGGGAGAGUUUUGUCGCGGAGAUUGGGCAUGAGGUCUAUGCCUGCUUCUCACCCGGAGACCAGAAGAUAGCCCAGCUUGAGCUGGCGAUGGUCUUGUACGCCCUCGCAGUCCGAGCUCCGGCUUUUCGUGGCAGGCGCGGCUUCUGGUACAUCGACAAUGUGGCUGCGCUCAUGUCUCUUAUUCGUGGCCGCUCUAGUUCUCCCGAUUUGGAGCGGUUGGCACAGCUCAUUCAUCUCGCCAUGUUCGCGUUGCGUACUUCCUUUUCCUUCGAGUAUAUUCCUUCCAAGACGAAUUGGGCUGACGCUGUCAGCCGAGUUGGUUUUUCAGAUGCCUGGCUCCACCAGCGUGGCUUCGGUUGCCAUGUUGCUUGUUUUCCGUUUCAGCUCGUGGAUCUCCCUUUCCUCGCGGUGCUGCGCGUGUUCGAGUUCCUUUGA